AGUGUGGUGUGGGACAGCAGUACCCAAGGGAGGCGAGGAACAUGUGCAUAGAGAUUAAGCCUAAACAGGGAUUCCUAGAUAGGUCUACGCCAGGCAUGCCUCUGUGUAGGUACUGUGUGAAGCAGUUCCUAAAGGCCGGGAAGGAAAGUGGCAGUCGGAGUGGUUACUGUCCUCUUGACCUCUUCUCAGGGAAUGUGGACAGGAUGCGCAGGGCAGUGGACAACCUCAUCCUGGCACCACAGAAUAAUUUUAAAGUGUUUGUUGAUGGACAACCAGUAGAUGAGACUCAACCCUUCCAUUACCUCCGAGACACCAUCAUCGCAGCCCUUACCUUCACCUUCUCCAACACCACCACCACCUCCACCACCUCCACCACCAGCACCACCACCACCAGCACCACCACUGCCACCACCACCGGCAGACUCAGUGAACGGUCUCCUCUUGGCCGCAUCCUGGCCUUCCAAAGCCUAGACCGUCUGGGGGUCUUCCGAGCGUCACAGCUUUACCUGACCCUGUGUGACCUCUUGGGGAGUCCUGAGGCCGUGGACGAGGCGCUGUGUGACCUCUCUGCCUGGCCGUCCCCUGCGCUGGGCCUGGUGAUGGCCUCGGAGCAGCAGGGGGAGGUGGGGGAGCUGGGGGACCUGGGGGUGGAGGAGAUGGUCAGGCUGCUGCAAAGUUAUCUUCUGUCCACAACAGCCAAAGAUUUGUCCCUCAUGAUUCUGUUGAGUGGACCACAUUACAGCAGCCCUGCCCCGCAGCAGCCCGCCGGCAGCUCCCCCUUCAUUGUGUCUGGCAAGGAUGGGUCGUGGUUCCAGUGCCAAGUGACGGGCGUGGACAUUGUUGCCAAGCCCACCAGUAAGAUCCUCAAGCACCAGCGUGACUACGAGAGGCUCAGGGACGUGUUGGCAGACCUCAGGACGCGGCAGGAGGAGCCACCCUGCUGCCGACACUGAAGGAGGAGGGAACUGGUGCUUAGAAUGAAGGAAAUGAGGAAGAAUAAGAGUGAAGAACAGAAAA